CUCGAGUUUAGGGCUUUGGGCCUUGGCGUUCUCUCAUUUUGAAUCGCGUACGUCUUUGAGUGUAAACCUCACGCUCACGCCCACGCUAAGAUCACUCACUCCUACAACCACUAUAAAAACCAUCUAACCCUGAAAUCCUUGAUACUUUUGUAGACCAGAGCCCUUCGUCCCCUAAUUUUCUCUUUCAUUUCUCCUCUCUCUCUCUCUCUCUCUCUCUCUCUCUCUCUCUCUACUAUCUACUCCACUUCUGCUCUCUCUCUAAAGAUGUCGAGCGCCGAUGCCGAGCACAGAGAAGACGAGGAGGCCCCACUCGCCGGCGACGACGAGGACACCGGAGCUCAGGUCGCUCCGAUCGUUAGGCUCGAGGAGGUCGCCGUCACCACCGGUGAGGAAGACGAAGACGCCAUCCUCGAUCUGAAAGCGAAGCUAUACCGAUUCGAUAAAGACGGUAACCAAUGGAAAGAGCGAGGUGCUGGUACUGUCAAGCUUCUUAAGCACAAAAAGACUGGCAAGGUCCGCCUUGUUAUGCGACAGUCCAAAACCCUAAAGAUCUGCGCCAAUCACCUCGUUCUACCGAAGAUGACAGUUCAGGAGCAUGCCGGUAAUGAGAAGUCAUCUGUUUGGCACGCAACUGAUUUUGCUGAUGGGGAAUUGAAGGAGGAGCUUUUCUGCAUUAGAUUCGCUUCAAUUGAGAAUAACAGAUUGUUCAUGGAAAAGUUUCAAGAAGUUGCUGAAUCCUUAAGUACAGAAGAAGAAAAUGAAGAUGCUACAAAGGCUGCUGGGCUUCUCGAGAAUUUGAGUGUUGAAGAGAGAAAGACCAAGGAGAAAGCUGAGGAAGAGGCACCUGCUGCAGCUACGAGUGGUACUGUCAAAGAAGAUGCACCUGCUGAGGAGAAAGCAGAGGAGAAAGCAGAGGGGAAGGUACCAGCUGCAGCUGUGGAGGAGAAGAAAGACACAUAAAGAGUGAAAGUUGGGGGUUUUUGCUGUGGGUCUGUUCUUGCGUCCAAUUGGUGUCGUGUUGGUCAUCAAAAUUUGGUCAGACUUUUGGGUCAUGUUUGAAGGUUGAGGAUUGUGUUUUGUUAUGAGUUUGGUUUGUUGUCACCAGAGUUUCCCAUCCUAUUUGAUUACUUGGGAGUAAAUUACAGGUCAGUGAAAAUUACUUGUUAUAAAAACAGAGGACCUUUUGUUUGGAUAUAAUUUCUUGAUUUGUUUUAGGGUCUCGAAUUUCCCAUGCUAUUUUGGGUCACAUAUGUUCUGUUUUGGAAGCCAACAUGGUUGUGAAGGAUAUUGUUUACCUGA